AUGGCGACGGGAGGGAAGGGGCUGAACGCGACGGGCGAGUUUUUCCGGCGCCGUGACGGAUGGAGGAAGCACCCUAUGGUGGGGAACCAGCUGCGCCACGCCACUCCGGGGCUCGGCAUCGCCAUCGUCGCCUUUGGGAUCUACCUCGUCGGGGAGGCCGCCUACAACCGCCUCUACCACCCCGCCGUGACCGGCGACAACCGCCACUAG